GUUUAUGAACUCCAGGGAGUUUUUGUAUUUGCACUUUGAUAUUAUCCUCGCGGCUUUGAUUUUGGGUCCUUUUUCUUCGAUGGUUUAUGGGUUGUGGGAGUGAGUGUUUUUGGUGGGUAAUCGUGAAAUUUCAUGCCCUUUUAUGCUUCUUUGUUUGGGAGAUUGUGGAAUUUGGGGUUGAUGGUGAUAGUGAGGUGGUGGGAAAUUCGACUCUGGUGGAUAGGAAACCUCUUGAUGAAAACGAAACAGGUGUAAGUUCUAUAGAAAGGAUAUUCGAUGAGGACGGGGACGAGAAAAUAAUACAAGAUUCAUCUGGAAGGAAUGCCAUUUUGGAUUCAGUUCCUGGAUUGCCAGUAGUUCAAGCAGAUGAGCCCUAUGUUGGUCAGGAAUUUGAAAAUGAGGCAGCAGCUCAUGCGUUUUAUAAUGCUUAUGCUACACGUGUGGGGUUCGUAAUUCGUGUUAGCAAGCUUUCACGAUCGAGACGUGAUGGGACGGCUAUUGGUCGAGCACUAGUUUGCAACAAAGAGGGGUACAGGAUGCCUGACAAGCGGGAAAAGAUCGUGAGGCAGAGGGCCGAGACGAGGGUAGGUUGCAGGGCAAUGAUUUUGGUGAGAAAAGUGAACUCUGGCAAAUGGGUUGUCACUAAAUUUGUGAAGGAGCAUACUCAUCCUUUGUCACCUGGGAAAGGUCGAAGAGAUUGCAUAUAUGAUCAAUAUCCUAACGAACACGAUAAGAUACGCGAACUGUCUCAGCAGCUUGCAAUUGAGAAAAAGCGAUCGGCAACAUAUAAAAGGCAUCUAGAAGUAAUAUUCGAAUACAUCGAUGAGCAUAACGAUAACCUGUCGAGAAAGAUCCAACAUAUAGUAGACAAUGUGAAGGAGAUGGAAAGCAUAGAACAGCAGAAUCAUAGAUAGUAUUUGGGUAAACUUUUAUACUCUCAGCUUGGGAUUCCAAAAUGAAGAUGAUGGUAUAGUUGCUGGAUGGAUGAAGAACUUGUUAGUUUAGAAUUCUUUGUGAUAUGUUCCAGCAUUUAGACGUCAGUUCAGUGUCACAUAAAAUGGAGUAUAUUGCCCAUGGUGUUCAUUGCUUGUAAAUCUCAAUGUAUGUCAUGUUUUGUAUAGCAUUCGAACGAUUUGUAUCUUAUUUUCGUUAGCAGUAGUUUUGCUUUUUUCCUCUUUUA